GUGGCGGGCGGAGGCGGGAGGGGAGGCAGCGCUGCCGGCCGGUGCCGGCUCCCUUUUUGUUCCGCUGCGGGCGAGCGGGCACCGCGCAGCUGCCCAGGUGCAGCGGCCAAGCGAGCCGCCGGUGUUCCGUGCCGUUCUGCGCCGUGCCGUGCCGCCGGCCCUGCGCCCCAGGCGUCGCUGCAGGCUGCGCCGCGGGGGCAGCGCCGGGUAUCGCCCGCCGCGGAAAGUAGGAAGCGUUGGAGCAACUUGGUAGCCAGAUGGCAAUGGCAGAGCGCAAGUCUUGCUCGGAUACUGAUGUGUAGGAAGGGGGUGGGGGAGAGUCAUGGCCACUGUGUGGCACCGUGUUACCCAGGUGCCCACGAGACCCGUCUCCUUCUCGCCGCGGGCGGGGAGCGGUGUGCGUGGGAGAGGAGGUGUUCGAUGUGCGGGAGCAGCUUUGUUCCCCCCCCCCUUUUACCCCCCCCAGUCGCACUUGGAUUUGGCUUGGGGGGGGGGGAAAUGCUUGGAAAGCAUAAAAACUGCUCAUCGGUGAAAUUAAACAGAAGUUGCCUUUCGGAGCCGCAGCCGGUCUGUCUCCCGCUCGGUGGGCGCCGGUGGGCGCUCCGCUGGAGGCGCGGAGCGCCGGGCUGUCAGAGCCGGCCCCGUCCCCCCAGACGGGUGCGCGGUGUCUCCUGCUGGAGAGCAACUUGCCCGAGCCCCGAAGUACACGUGUUUGAGAGUGGGAAAAGGCGGGGAAAUGCGUGCGGCGCUGCCCGGCCCCGCCGGGGCGCGGGGCGGCAUCGGGGCAGCGGCCGGCAGGUGCACGGCGACCCCGGCGCGCCCGGCCCCCGCCCCGGCUGCGGGAGCUGCAGCUGGAGCGGCCCGGGGGGCGCGCAGAGAACUUGGGCAGGACGCGGGGGGGGCCCGGCCCCCUCCCGGCGCUGGCUCCCGGCGCAGGCCGAGGGGCGAAUCCGCGUGGCCGGGCCGGAGUUUGUGGGCGAGGAGCGGAAAGGCGGCCGGCGGUGUUGGGGCGCGAACGUAACAUCACGGGGGGAGCGCGGGGAGCGGCGGCGAACGCCCCAACUUGCUUGGGCGGCGGUCAGGGCAGCUCCGCGGUUCGGCUCUUGCCCCGGUGCCUGGCGAGCGGGACGGAGCGGGGCUGCGGCAUUUCUGUGUAACGGGCCGCUCUCCCCGGGGAGAAAGUAUAUUAGGAGAAGAUCAACUCAAAAUGCACUUGUCCAGAAAGAUGUGAAGGAGCAGAACUCCAAAUUUUCUUGUUUGUUGUGAGUUCACAGGGAGUACACGUGGAAAUGUCAGUGCCCUGAGAACAGCGCUUAAAAAGAUUUGGAACUUUUGGCCUUUCUAUCACAGCCCCACGUGUCCAUGAACUUGGCUGCCUGCUGUUUCCCGGGGAGAUCAUGAAACGACACCGGCUUCCUAGCAGCAGUGAGGACUCUGACGACAAUGGCAGUCUGUCUACCUGGUCCCAGCAUUCCAGAUCUCAGCGUCGCAGGACUUCGUGCUCCAGAGAUGAGGACAGGAAACCUUCCGAGGUGUUCAGAACGGACCUGAUCACUGCCAUGAAGUUACAUGACUCCUUCCAGCUGAACCCUGAUGAAUACUAUGUGCUGGCAGAUCCCUGGAGGCAGGAGUGGGAAAAGGGAGUUCAGGUGCCAGUUAGCCCAGGGACCAUCCCAGAACCAGUAGCCAGAGUGGUGUCUGAGACAAAAGCCGUCACCUUCACGCGGCCCAGGAAGUUCAUCGUGUCGUCGGGCGCGGAGCCGCCGGAGCUGGGCUACGUGGACAUCCGGACCCUGGCGGACAGCGUGUGCCGCUACGACCUCAACGACGUGGACGUGGCCUGGCUGCAGCUGGCCAACGAGGAAUUCAAAGAAAUGGGGAUGCUGGAGCUGGAUGAGUACACCAUGGAAAGGGUGAUGGAGGAGUUCGAGCAGCGCUGCUACGAUAACAUGAACCAUGCCAUCGAGACGGAGGAAGGGCUGGGCAUUGAGUACGACGAGGACGUUGUCUGCGACGUCUGCCAGUCUCCAGAUGGAGAGGAUGGCAAUGAAAUGGUGUUCUGUGACAAAUGCAAUAUCUGUGUGCACCAGGCGUGCUACGGGAUCCUGAAGGUGCCCGAGGGCAGCUGGCUGUGCCGGACCUGCGCGCUGGGCGUCCGGCCCAAGUGCCUGCUGUGCCCCAAGAAAGGCGGCGCCAUGAAGCCCACCCGCAGUGGCACCAAGUGGGUGCACGUCAGCUGUGCUCUCUGGAUUCCAGAGGUGAGCAUCGGAAGCCCCGAAAAAAUGGAGCCCAUUACAAAAGUUUCCCACAUUCCCAGCAGUAGGUGGGCACUGGUGUGCAGCCUUUGUAAUGAGAAAGUUGGAGCUUCUAUACAGUGUUCAGUGAAGAACUGCAGAACAGCCUUUCAUGUCACCUGCGCCUUUGACCGCGGCUUGGAGAUGAAGACCAUCUUGGCAGAGAACGACGAGGUGAAGUUCAAGUCCUACUGUCCCAAGCACAGCUCCACCAAGAAAGCAGAUGCUGAGACUGUGAGUGAAAGCCCAGCUCAGGAGAACAGGAAUGGGAUUCAGGACACCUCCCUUCCUGCCCACAUGGACCCUUUCCACAGCAUGGAUCAAAACCAGGAGGAGGCCCACAGGGUCAGCUUCCGCAAGCAGAAGCUCCAGCAGCUGGAGGACGAGUUCUACACCUUUGUUGAGUCUUUGGAAGUGGCCAAAGUGCUGCGGCUGCCUGAGGAGCCGGUGGAAUUCCUUUACCAGUACUGGAAACUGAAGAGGAAAUCCAAUUUCAAUAAGCCUUUGAUUACCCCAAAGAAGGAUGAGGAGGACAAUCUGGCUAAACGGGAGCAGGAUGUUCUGUUCAGGAGGCUGCAGCUCUUCACACACCUCCGGCAGGACCUGGAGCGGGUGCGUAACCUCACUUACAUGGUGACGCGGAGAGAAAAAAUCAAGAGAUCUGUUUGCAAAGUUCAGGAACAGAUAUUCAACAGCUACACAAAGCAGUUGGAACAAGAAAGAGUUUCAGGUGUGCCUUCCUCAUUCUCCUCCAUGGAAAGCACGGUGCUGUUCAACAGCCCGUCGCUGGGCCCCAACGCCCCCAAGAUCGAGGACCUGAAGUGGCAUUCUGCGUUCUUCAGGAAGCAGAUGGGCACAUCUCUGGCCCACUCCUUGAAGAAACCCCACAAGAGGGACAGGGUAAGAGACAGGUCUGGCAACGACAGCAAAUCCCUGCUGAGGCAGCCCAGCCCGAGGGAGGGAGGUGCAGCUCCAGGCAGCUUUUUCAACUUCGACAAGCCCUUUGCUGAGACGCGGAUCGCGUCGGCGCAGCAGAAGAACGGCGUCGUUCCAGCAGAGCACAGGAAGAGAAGGGACAAUCGCCCGCCGUGCGAGGGGGCCAAGGCAGAGCUGAAGGAAAAGACUUCUAAACACAACCACAAACCCCUGAGACCCACGGAACUCUCUCAGAGGCAACUGGAAAACAAAAGGGCUGUCAACCACUCCGGUGGGAGGUCAGCAGCGCCUGGCACUCGGAGGGAUAUAGUGCCUAAAUGUAACGGGGGCCUGGUCAAAGUAAACUCUAAUCAGACAGUAGUCAAAGUGCCUACCACGCCCGCGAGCCCGGGGAAAAACUGGGGCGGAUUCCGAAUUCCAAAGAAGGGGGAGAGGCAGCAGCAGGGGGAGAGCCUGGAGGAGGCCUGCCGCCAGACCUCCGGCUACCCCUACCUGGGCGUGGGCAGAGUUGCAGCCAAGGAGAGGACAAAGAGCAAGUUAAAGCCUGACAGUGAGAACGAUGGCUACGUCCCCGACGCCGAAAUGAGCGACUCGGAGCCCGAAGUGGCUGAGAAGAAGUGCAGGCAGCAGAGGCUCAGCCCCAGCAGCAGCAUCGGCAGGAGGACGGACAUUAUUCGGAGGAGCAUCCUGGCCACCUGACUGGACACAGGGACGGGGUCACCAGAGUCACACUGCCUACAAGCCACCUUACCCAUCGGUGUGAGAGAGGAGCAUUCUUAGAGCUACAGACUGACAAAAUGAAAGCCCAUUUCUUCUGAGUUGUAUAAGUAUGUUUACAUGCACUUAAAGCUGUUUUAAGCUCUU